AUGGCUGAUGGUGAUGGUGGUACUUUUGAGUCGCGAUUGACACCGAUAGGGGAGUGUGCAGAAAAAGGGGUUAGGAUGACGGUUGAGGGGGAGGGUGAGAUAACAGCUUUUAAAACCCCAAUUGGUAUGUCUCCAUAUAAAUUAGUGUAUGGAAAGGCUUGUCAUCUGCCUGUAGAACUUGAGCAUAAAGCAUUUUGGGCUCUUAAAGUGCUGAAUUUUGACAAACAAGCUGCUGGGGGAAGAAGAAAACUACAACUGAAUGAACUGGAGGAAUUUAGGAUUCAAGCCUAUGAAAAUGCAAAGAUUUACAAAGAUAAAACAAAGAAAUGGCAAGAUCAAAGGCUAGCACAAAGGAACUUUGCAGAAGGACAAAUAGUCCUCCUCUACAACUCAAGACUCAAACUCUUCCCAGGAAAGUUGAAAUCAAGAUGGUCAGGACCUUUCACAAUCACUAAGGUCUCACCAUAUAGUCAUGUGGAACUCAUAGAGGAGAAUUCACAAAGGACCUUCACUGUCAAUAGUCAUAGGCUUAAGCAUUAUCUAGGGGAAUCAAUGGAGGAGCACAGGGUGAACUAUAACCUCAGCUAA